AUGGUCAACACUGAUUUUGAAAGGAUAUAUCUCAACCAGCAAAGGCUGGUUGGUAGAUUGCGUAUUGCCGACUCUGGUCUUGGUUGGAAGGCAAGCUCACAUCAACAACAGCAAAAUGGUCAAGCACCACAACAGCAGCAACCUUUUUUACUUCCUAGAGAAGAGAUUAUUUUAGCUACUUGGUCCAGAGGUCUGAAAGGAUACGAGUUGCGUGUUCAAACCAAAAACAAAGGUGUUAUCGUGCUUGACGGAUUCCAUGUUGACGAUUUCAACCAGCUCAAGCAAGAAUUGACGAGAAAUUUCCAUAUCAGUUUAGAACACGAGGAGCAUUCGUUAAGAGGAUGGAAUUGGGGAAAGACUGAUUUAGCCAAGAACGAAUUGGUGUUUAACGUGAACAAUAAACCAGCGUUUGAGAUUCCGUAUGAUAAUAUCUCAAACUCUAAUUUGACUGGUAAGAAUGAAGUUGCCAUUGAGUUUAAUCUAUCUGAUGGCAAAACUAUUGACAAGUUGGGGGACGAAAUUGUCGAGAUGAGAUUUUAUGUUCCUGGAACCACAGUUGAACUGGAGACGAACACAACUAAAAAAACAAUUAAGAAUGAAGAUGGAAAGGAAGAAGAGGAAGAGGAUGAGGAGGAAAAAAGGAAGAGCGAGGAAAAUAUGGCUGAUAACAAUGCCGAGUCGAUGGAACAAAAUGCAGCACAAGUGUUUUAUGAGCAAUUGAAGGACAAGGCGGACAUUGGACAAAUUGCCGGUGAAGCCAUAGUAUCAUUUAGUGACGCGUUGUUCUUGACACCUAGAGGUCGUUAUGAUAUCGAUAUGUAUUCGACAUCAUUGAGAUUAAGAGGCAAAACAUACGACUAUAAAAUCCAAUAUGAGCAGAUUGAGAGGAUUUUCUCAUUACCCAAACCAGAUGAAGUACAUCAUUUGAUCAUUAUACAAAUUGACCCGCCAUUAAGACAGGGUCAAACGAGAUACCCAUUUUUGGUUUUGCAAUUUGCCAGGGAUGAGGAAACAGAGCUUGAGUUAAACUUGAGUGAUGAAGAGUUUGAUGCCAAGUACAAAAAUAGAUUGAAAAAGACAUACGAUGCGCCAACAUACAUUGUUAUGGCACAUUGUCUUCGCGGACUAACCGAGAAGAAACUUUUUACCCCAGGCUCUUUCCAGUCACGCUUCUUGCAACCUGGUUUAUCAUGCUCAUUAAAGGCUUCAGAAGGUUAUUUGUACCCAUUGGACAGAUGUUUUUUGUUUGUCACCAAACCAACACUCUACAUUCCAUAUAGUGAAAUCAGUAAUGUCGUGAUGUCAAGAACUGGUGGUGGUGUUUCGGCCUCGCGAACAUUUGACUUGGAAAUCAAUAUUGUUGGUUCGACUCAGAAACACGUGUUUGGAAGUAUAGAUCGAGAGGAACAGGAUAACAUUGAGAGGUUUUGCAAAGAGAAGGGUGUCAAGGUUAAGAAUGAGGAAAAAAUUGCAAAGCAAAGAUUGGCCAAGGCGUUGGAACAAGAAGCUGCAAUGGAUGAGGACGAUGACGAUGGUGAUGUAGAUAUGGGAAGUGCAGGUGAGGACGACUCCGAAGAGGAUGAUGAUUUCAAGUCAGGUUCAGACUCAGAUGUUGCCGAGGAGUUUGAUAGUGAUGCUGAAUCCUCUGCAAGCGACUCGGAAGAUGGCGGUAGCACUGCUGGUGACGGAGAUGAUCGUCCGCCUAAAAAGAAAGCAAAAAACUAA